AAGGAAAAAGCCGGUUGCUAGGGGAGUGAGGAAGAAAGGGAGGGUGCCGAACACGGAAGUGAUGGCAGCGCCUUGGGAGUAGGUGGAGGCGGUGACCGCAAUGUGUGAGACAGGAACUCAGCGCCGACGGGUGGGGGCUUGCACAAAGGCAUCGGCCUUUUAGGACCUACACGAGGUGCAGAAGUGGCUGGGCCUCCCUUCUCCACCUUAGCGAGCACUCAAGAGGGAUGGCGAUGGUGAUGGCGGCAGUUUCUCGGACCGCCCCAGUUAAGCUGAGGUCUGAGAGAUAUAUCCAGAGAGUGCCCAGAAGAAACUUCCUGCUGGAAAAACUGAAAAAGCAGUAUUUAUAACACUGGAAUUUGUGGAUAAUUUGUUAAAAUGGCAGAAAAUAGUGACAGUAUUAGCAAAAAUGUAGAUGUGAGGCCCAAAACUAGUCGAAGUAGAAGUGCUGACAGAAAGGACGGUUAUGUGUGGAGUGGAAAGAAAUUAUCUUGGUCAAAAAAGAAUGAAAGUUGUUCAGAUGCUGAAACAGUGAAUGCUGUAGAGAAAACUGAAGUUCCUUUACGGAGCCAAGAAAGGAAGCACAGCUGUUCAUCUAUUGAGUUGGAUUUAGAUCAUUCCUGUGGGCAUAGAUUUUUAGGCCGCUCUCUUAAACAGAAACUGCAAGAUGCUGUGGGGCAGUGUUUUCCAAUAAAGAAUUGUAGUGGUCGGCACUCUUCGGGGCUUCCAUCUAAAAGGAAAAUUCAUAUCAGUGAACUCAUGUUAGAUAAGUGUCCUUUCCCACCUCGAUCAGAUUUAGCCUUUAGGUGGCACUUUAUUAAACGACACACUGCUCCUAUAAAUCCCAAAUCCAAUGAAUGGGUAAGCACAGACUCAUCUCAGAGUGAAUUGAGGGAUGGUCAGCUAAAACAAAGAAGAAACGUGGAAGAAGAGGUAAACUGCUUCUCACAAACCAAUAUUCAGCCCUGUGUCGUAACCACCAACAGUGCUUCUUCGUGUAGAGGUGGUCCCGUGACUGGCUCUGUGAUGAACCUGGUUUCAAAUAACAGUAUAGAAGAUAGUGAUAUGGAUUCGGAUGACGAAAUUAUUACACUUUGCACAAGUUCCAGGAAAAGAAACAAACCCAAAUGGGAAAUGGAUGAAGAAAUCCUGCAGUUGGAAACACCUCCUAAGUACCAUACCCAGAUUGAUUAUGUCCACUGUCUUGUACCAGACCUCCUGCAGAUCAAUAACAAUCCAUGUUACUGGGGAGUUAUGGAUAAAUAUGCAGCUGAAGCUCUACUAGAGGGAAAACCAGAGGGUACCUUUUUACUUCGAGACUCAGCACAGGAAGACUAUUUAUUCUCAGUUAGUUUUAGACGCUAUAGUCGUUCUCUUCAUGCUAGAAUUGAACAAUGGAAUCACAACUUUAGCUUUGAUGCACAUGAUCCUUGUGUCUUCCAUUCUCCUGACAUUACUGGGCUCCUAGAACAUUAUAAGGACCCAAGUGCCUGUAUGUUCUUCGAACCACUUUUAUCCACUCCUUUAAUUCGGACUUUCCCCUUUUCCUUGCAGCAUAUAUGCAGAACAGUUAUUUGUAACUGUACAACUUAUGAUGGCAUUGAUGCCCUUCCAAUUCCUUCUUCUAUGAAAUUAUAUCUGAAGGAAUAUCACUAUAAAUCAAAAGUUAGAGUACUCAGGAUUGAUGCACCAGAACAAUGCUAGGGAAUGUGUAGGAAUAUGCGAAUGAUUAUAUACAUAUUUUCAUUUAAUAUUUUAUUUUUCUUAUGUCACUUUGAAUUUUUCUACAAGGGCAGUUGAAAUCUAAAAUAAAUCUCUGCCCUAAAUUUUACUUCCAGAUCAGUUUAUUUUUCUUAUGAUAAACUAAUUGUUUAAAGUUACUAGGGGUUAAUGAAUAUUUUUGACCAGGUGUUUGGUUUUUGGUUUUACAGAUAGAUUGUAUACUUAAUUUUUUUUCUUAAUCGUAAUUUGCUUAAGGUCCAGGGAUAUUUGAAAUUUGGUAGGCAUUGCAAAUACAAUUAAAUAAUCUAUAUUUCAUACUUUCCUUUAAAAGUAAGCUUAUGUCCUUUCCUACAUGUUCCCUUGUUAACCUAUGCCAUUGGCAUUCCUAUACAUAAAAUAUAGUUUCCUCAUCCCCCUUUCCCGAGUUGUUUUAAAAUUCUUCAGUUAACCUGAGUGUGUUGUAAUUCACAAUCCAUAUCAAUGUAAUUGAGUCUUGUACCUUAAUAAUAAAUAAUAGGGAUGUUAAAGGUAACAAAAUGGUUUGAAAUUAAACUUGAAGUCUUUUCAUUUUAAGUACUAACUAUAAAGCAGUAUUACUAAAUUUGAUUAAUCUGAUUAGGAAGAAUCAAAUGAGAACAUGACUUUUUGGAAGUGAAUUUAUUUUCUACACUGUAGCAUGGUCAUUUAUUUUUGAAUAGGUCUUUCACUCAACCUAGAUGAGUUGCUAUCUUCAGAACAAAUAUUGUUCCUUUCUCACUGGAAGCUUUAAAAAUAAUAACACUAUUAGUAUAGUAGUUACUAACAUAUUAAAGCAACUAUGGGGUUUUUCUGUAUUUACUUAUGACGUGUUUCUUCUGAUUAGCCUUUUCAUAGAAACUCUGAGCCUGAUAUUUUGGGGAGAUGCCACGGUUUUAUAAACAGCCAGAAAUUUCCAUCAGUAACCAAAGAGGACCUAAGUAGUCUUCAUUAUUUUAAAGUGAGCUUCACUAAGGAUUCAAGAAGUAAAACAUGGAGCUCGGUUUUCUGAAACUUAAUAUUGGUUUUGAUUUUCAAGUUUCAAAUAAUUAUUCCUGUCUUCAGAAUUAACAUGUCUUUACUGUGGCUUC